GGGAGGAGACAACAAUGGCUGUGCCCUCUGACACCAGAGGAAGCAACAUUAAUUUUGCAAGCAUUGGGUUUUAGUAAGGAGGCUCAGAUUUAUAUUGCUUCUGGUGAGAUUUAUGGCUGUGAACGGAGACUGGCACCACUAAAAGCUGCAUUUCCACAGAUUGUUAAGAAAGAAACACUGUUAGAUCCAGCGGAGCUGCAGCGAUUUCAGAACCAUACAUCUCAGAUGGCGGCUUUGGACUUUACGGUAUCAGUUGCCAGCGAUACCUUCAUUCCAACAUACGAUGGGAACAUGGCAAAAGUUGCAGAAGGUCAUCGCUGGUAUCUUGGGUUCAAAAAAAGUAUCCUGCCAGAUCGAAAGAAACUCAUUGAAUUGCUGGAUUUGCAUCAGAAUGGGACACUUCCAUGGGAUGACUUUGCACUGGCUGUAAGCCAAACCCAUGAAAAACGGAUGGGACAGCCUUUCCGACGUUGAGUUAUUCCAGACAAACCAAAGGAGGAAGAUUAUUUCUAUACAAAUCCCCAAGAGUGCCUUUCUGAAGACUUACUAGCUCCUGGAACAAAUUGUGAAGACUUACUGGCCCCUGGUAAAUCAAGUAAAGCUACAGUAUCUUUGAGUGAGCAGCAAUGAAACUCGGCUCGGAAUGGUUUCCACACAACUGUUUCUAAACUGUGGACGAUAAUCCGUCAGGUCCGGGACAAAUGCUCUAAACGACCAUGUAUAAAUGUACUUAAAAGAGUUGUCUGGGCACAAAAGGAAAAAGGAAACAUAAUUUUUUUUCACUUUUGCUUAUAAAUUUAUUUGUUUAACCCUCUUACCGCUGAUCUGUAUUCAGUACUAUCACAAAAUUCCAAUGUUGAAUAAACCAAUAUUUGUACAGUUCCUUCUCUC